AUGUCUUCUCGCAAAGCCUCCAAGCCUCUCCCCAAGUUCGAAAUCGGCAACGAUUAUCAGAUCCUCCAUGCCAUUGGGGAAGGCGCGUACGGAACCGUUGCGGCUGCUCUGCACAAACCAACAGGGCGUCAAGUGGCCAUCAAGAAGAUCCUUCCUUUUGACCAUACACUCUUCUGUCUGCGCACUCUACGCGAGCUCAAGCUUCUCAAGUUCUUUUCCGAGACUUGUGUAAACGAGAACAUCAUCUCCAUCCUGGAUAUCAUCAAGCCCCCAACACUUGACUCCUUCAAGGAGAUUUACUUUAUCCAGGAAUUGAUGCAGACAGAUCUUCAUCGUGUAAUUCGGACGCAACACCUCACUGACGAUCAUUGCCAGUACUUCGUGUACCAGACCCUCCGGGCUCUGAAAUCAAUACACAGCGCUGGCAUCGUCCACCGCGACCUCAAGCCUGCGAACUUACUGCUUAACGCGAACUGUGAUCUCAAGGUUUGCGACUUUGGCUUGGCGAGGAGCGUGAAGACGAGUGUUGCCGGAGGCAAAGAGGUUGGAAUAAUGACUGAAUACGUCGCAACGAGGUGGUAUCGCGCCCCCGAAAUCAUGUUGUCGUUCAAGAUGUACACCAAGGCGAUCGACAUCUGGGCAGUUGGAUGUGUCUUGGCUGAGCUUCUCACCGGGCGACCACUUUUCCCUGGUCGCGACUACAGCCAUCAACUUGAUCUGAUCCUUGAUGUCAUCGGUACACCAAGUUUGGACGAGUUCUACGCCAUUACUUCGAGACGGUCGCGCGACUACAUCCGUGCACUCCCCAUCAGGAAGCGAAGACCGUUUGCCACCCUCUUCCCCCAUGCAUCCAAGGAAGCAAUUGACUUCCUUUCCAAAACAUUGACAUUUGAUCCCAAGAAGCGCAUGACUGUCGACGAGGCCCUCGAGCAUCCAUAUCUCUCUGCAUACCACGAUCCAGAGGAUGAGCCAACCGUCACUCCGCUGAGCCCAUCAUAUUUCGACUUUGACAUGCACAAGGAGGACUUGACUAAAGAUCAGUUGAAGGAACUUCUGUACGAAGAAGUCAUGUCGUUCCAGCCUUCAAUUUGA